AUGGGGCGGCUUUAUAAUUUACCACCAGCCGCGCAGACAGCACGACUGAGCAGCUUGGGCAGCUUGGGCAGCUUGGUUGCCGUGUGCCAAAAAACCAUCAGCGAGGACUUGAGAAAGAGAGAGAUCACAAUUCGCAUCAGAACUCCCCUGUCUAGCGCGGGCGAUGGACCAGCCGGCGGCUUAGACUAA